AUGAGCGCCUCGACUGCGCAGGAUCCCCUGCUCUCGCUCCGCCGGGCUAUCGCUGCCGGUACCCUGCCCACGCCCACCACAUCCUCCGAGCUAUCGGAUCAACUUGCGACAGAGGAUCUCGCGCAGGCCACGCACCUUUACUUUUCCCAACCAUCUCCACACACGUUCUCCUUGGACACGCCAACCCGAUUCGUCUCUAACGCGACCAACACCGCAGUUGAUCUGCGAAGCAUCCUUUUUGCGUGGCAGAAGAAAGAUGUUGCGAUUCCGGAAUACAUUGCUUCUGCGCAAGAGUUGAGCGAGGCGCUUAAAAAGAAAGGGCCCAAGGAGGAUGGACAGUUGAGUGAGGUUCAAAAUCUGGUCUUUGUUGAGCGUCUGGAUCUCAUCACCUGGCUGGAGGGGGCCUCGGAUGAGAGCGAACACAUCAAGCCGCUUGAGGGUGCGGCUGCUGCUGCAGAGGCCGCCGUCGCCGCCGGUCAGGCUCAGGCCGAGGCAGCUGCUGGUGUUGCAUCUGGUGUCACUGGAGGAGUGCCCGUUAUCUCCAGUGCAGGAGCUGCCGCCGCUGGUCAGGUUGGUCGCCCACAAAAGCAGAUCAAUCCUCGCCUGCAAGAGAUCUAUGCCGAGGAACGCAAGACGGGCGAUCGCAACACCUUGCUUCGCGGGACCAAGCCCACGGUAUGUCUGGAAAUUAGCUACAUUAGACCAUGGACGGAAGAAAAGGCUAAUGAAGCUCUACGUGCUAAACAGGACUUUACCCACGCCCGCAAGCUCGACGCCGUCUUCUUCGACCGCAGCCGUGACCGUCCCGGCCAGGCUGGGGCCAAACCUGGCGUCAAGUCCACCUCAAUGGUUUCCGCACCAUCUGCCGGUCUUCCAUUGCCCUCGCGCAAGCCCAGCUCGCGUCCAGAUCCGAUCAUCCUCCUCUCACCCUCAGCCUCAUCUCUGAUCCGGAUGUCAAACAUCAAGUCCUUCCUCCAGGACGGCAUCUUUGUGCCCCCCGACCACCCCACACUCAGCAUGUCGACCGAGGCCAAUUUCAUGGAACUGAAACGACCGCUUCGCCUCAAGAACGGGCCUUCAAACUCGGCUGUCGGGGCUGGGGGUUCUGCCGGUCUCAAGCCUACCAAGUUCAUCCUCGUGGAUGGCACGACCAACUUCAAGCCCGAAUAUUGGUCACGACUUGUGGCUGUCUUCACCACGGGACAGACCUGGCAGUUCAAGUCGUACAAGUGGUCGUCCCCACCCGAGCUGUUCAAACAUGCCACGGGUAUUUACGUGGGCUGGCGUGGGGACGAUGUCCCAGCCACUGUCAAGGGCUGGGGUCGUGGGGUUGAGAGUUUCGCCUUGGAGCGAUGGGACGAGAAGGGUGGGAUUCACGGCGGCGGUCGCUGGCGUGAUCGAGAAGUGGUCGAGGGUAUUUGGACCGCGAUUGAAGAAGGCAUGAAGCUCCGAGGAUGGGGUGCCAAGUAG